CUCGGGGUGGAGGGUGUCGGAGCGCGGGUUUUGUGGCGGGUGGAGCAGCAGCCGGGCAGGGCAGAGUUCAGGACCCUCAGGGCGGCGGUGCCAGGAGCUGUGGGAGGCUGCGGGCCGAGCCGAGGGGCCGUGGCGGGGCGGUGUGGCCGCGGCGCGGCUCCGUGACGCGGUGUGUCGCUUUGCAGUGGGACCCCAUGAUCACCACGCUGCCCGGCCUGUACCUGCUCUCGGUGGGAGCCGUGAAGCCCGCGGCGUGGCUGCUCGGCUGGACGGGGAGCGUGGUGUGCUCCGUGGGAAUGCUCAGGUUUAUCAAUCUCCUCUUCAGUGCUGGGAACUUCUAUUUGCUCUAUUUGCUUCUGUUCAAGAUCCAUCAGAAGAAUAAGGCUGUGUCUGGUUUCCAGAGAAUCUUGUCUGCAUUAAGUCUUGCAGUGUUUCCCACCCUUUAUUUUUUUACAUUCCUUUAUUAUACGGAUCCAGGAUCAGUAUUUUUUACUCUUUUUUCCUAUUUAAUGUGCCUUUAUGGUAACCAUAAAACUUCUGCUCUCCUUGGAUUUUGUGGCUUCAUGUUUCGUCAGACAAAUAUUGUGUGGACAGUUUUUUGUGCUGGAAAUGUUGUUGCAGAGAAGCUAAAUGAAGCCUGGACGAUUGAGUUGCAGAAAAAGAAAGAUGAAAAGCUUUCUUCCAGGAAAGGAUCAUUUUCAGAUUUGACCAGAAUGCUGCAGUUUCUUGUUGAAUAUCUCUUGUCACCCAAAAAUUUAGUUACACUUACUGCUUUAACUUGGCCAUACAUCAUACUAGUAUCUCUUUUCUUUGUUUUUGUCUUCAUCAAUGGUGGAAUAGUUGUUGGUGAUAGAAGUAGUCAUGAAGCCUGUUUGCACUUUCCUCAGCUGUUCUAUUUUCUGUCCUUUACUGUUUUUUUUUCAUUUCCUCAUUUACUGACCCCUACUAAAAUCAGGAAAUUCCUUUUGUCAUUGCGAAAGCACCCUGUGCAAUAUAGCUUAGUCACUGUCAUCUCUUUAUUCCUGAUCUGGAGAUUUACCUAUGUCCAUAAGUAUUUACUAGCAGACAACAGACAUUAUACAUUUUAUGUCUGGAGAAAAGUGUUCCAAAGACAUGAGCUUGUAAAAUACCUGUUAGUUCCAUUCUAUAUAUUUGCUGGCUGGAGUUUUGCUGAUACACUAAAAUCAAAAUCAAUUUUCUGGAUCUUAAUGUAUUUUGUAUGUUUAUUAGCAGUCACAGUUCCUCAAAAACUGCUAGAAUUUCGUUACUUUAUUUUGCCGUUCUUAAUAUAUAGGCUCAAUAUUCCAUUUCUGUCUCUAUAUAGACAACUUUUGGAGCUGGCUUUUUAUAUUUUAGUAAAUGCUGUAACUCUUUAUCUUUUUCUAAAUAGACCAUUCCAAUGGGAAAAUAGUGAUGAAGUACAGAGGUUUAUGUGGUGACUUUUUUUGAUACUUUUAUACCUGUAGGAAAACACAUUUCUGUUUCAGGACUGGACUCUGGAAUGAAACAGUAUGUUUUGCAUCAUGUAAGGACUAUUUUCCCUAGCUGGAACUGGGAAGUAAGCUCUUUGCUUCUAUUGUUGCAACCAAAUGCAAGAUCUGUUAUAAUGUGAAGAUACUCCGUAUACUGAAUUUAUGAAAAUUUUAAAAUUCAGUAUGAGGGGAAAUGUGAGAACAACUUUCUGUAAUUAAUGUAAAAUAAGGGAGAUGUUUACUUUCAUUUUUCAUAAUAAAAUAUAACAUGCCUUUGAAGGUAAAAUA